AUGGAGGAAGAAGUUCCAAAAUAUGACGAUGAGAGUUCGGUAGAUAGCUCAGAUUCCUUUUCCAUCUCAUCGCAAGGGGAAUCUGAAAAGUUGGAGGAAUCGAGUAAUGAGUAUGAGAACACUGAGAUUGCACAUGAUCGAGAUGAGAAUGGUGGUGAUGAUAGUGAUACUGCGGUAAUUAGUGGCCAAGAGCGUGCACUGGAAAAGACCAUGGAGAAGUGGCAAUCUUUCUUGCCGAAACUAGGCUCCAAUUACAUUCAUCUAGAUGAAGCUAAUCCUUGUUUGUACAUUGGACUGAAACAGGGACAGGAAGUGGUGGUCAGUGGAUGUUUCGAGUUGAAGAUUCUCAAAGGCGGAAUUACAUACAACAACGUGCACUACAGUGCAUCCAAUGAUCGAAUUUCAAUAUGGCACCCACUCUCUGCUUCGAUCUCGCCUUUUUGCGGGUCCUUUUAUGCUGGGUGGGACGAAAAAGUGUUUUUAGACCAACGUGUGAAAUCGGCUUUGGAUAUCAACGAGCUUGAGUGUGUGCUUAAAAUUUCCAAUUGGGCCAAAAACAUUGAAAAAUUGGGACAUCUAGCUCCGACAUAUGAUAACUUGUGGGUUCCAUCUGACUAUCUCCUUGAUGGAGUUAAUGCCUCUGAUGCAGCUUCAUUUGCUCUGAUUUGCAGCAAAACGGUGCGGAAUUUGAGCUCUGUACGCACAAUGACACUGACGGCUGAAUGGCUUAAAAUAAUAGGCGAAUUACAGCUUUACCAUAAAACAUGUCAGCAGGACAUGCGAAUAAUGACCGUUGGUGGUAAAAGUUCGGGCAAGUCCACCUUCUCAAGAUUACUACUUCAAAAUUUUUUGCAUGGUGACAGAAAAAGCACAGAUUCAAUCUUAUAUCUUGACCUCGAUCAGGGACAGCCUGAGUUUUCUGAUCCCGACUGCGUCUCCCUCUGCAAACUGUCAAAUGAGCUUGCUCUUGGGUGUCAUUUUGGGCAAGGCAGCGCAGUCAAAUUAGCUGAAUGUUAUGUGGGCAGCCCUUCCCCUCAGGACUUUCCCGCGAAAUACCUUGAUAUGGCCGACUUUUUGAUAGAUGAAUUAGAGAAGGAAGUUUUCAUGGGAACUAGUUUACUGAACCUUCCCGGCUGGAUCAAGGGCUACGGAAUUCAGAUAGUGAAUCACCUGAUUUCUAAGUUCAAGCCAACACAUAUCAUCUUUUUGGAAUCGCCUUCUUCGCGAGCAGUUUCAGCUACCGAACUUCGCAUUCCAGAUUCGUUUCAUUCAUUACAAAGAGAACAUUACACGACAUCAUUGCAUCACGUAACCGGGUUUCUGGGGCAUUCUCACGACUCUCCGCCUGAGCGAUUUCAAGCAUCCCAUCUUCGCACUGCAAGGCUUCUAUACCUUUUUCACAAAUCUCAAAUAUUCAACCAUCGUCCCGAAUAUGAUUUUAAGCCGUUGAUUACACAACCGCCGUUGCAAAUUUCAUUCGGCUCCGCAGCAGGUGUGCGUGCUUUUCAUUUUACUCAAGAGGGCCUGAAUCUCCAUGCCGAUGACAUCGUCGACUCGUUGGAAGGCUGUAUGGUAGGGAUCUUUGUAGCUGAGGGAGACUUUAAAGCGGAUCUUAUUGGUAAUUUCCCCGUUUUGAAAUCAUUUGCGAAACUUCGGUUUGUUAGUCUUGGCCUCAUUCACUCGAUAUCAUCCAAGGACGCUUAUGUGAACAUUUAUAUUCCGUUUACCAAGAGGGAAAUGCUUCUGAAGCAAAAGAAUUCCAAUUGGGUUUUACAAAGAGCGAAGACAUCGACGCCCAUUCACGAACUCUAUCCUGCUCAAUGCAGCAAAGUUUUCAAUUCCUUUGGAGAGGUGCCUUUUGUCAGCUCAAAGAAAGGAAGAGGUCUCGAGCACAUUUGGAAAGUUAGGCGCAACAUCCUGCGUAGAGGUCAUCAAUAG